AUGCCCAAGAAGCUCGCGUACCGUUCCACCUUCAUCGCCGUCCAGGAGGACGAUGGUACUGCUUGCCGACGCACGCGCAGCCUUCCCGCUCGGCUCGGGUCCGUCGUCACUGCGGUGGAGUCCCGAUACGUGGGCAACCUCCUGCAGAGGCAUGCAGCAUCCUUCGGCUUGGAAGAGGAGACCUCGAAUGACGUGGAGAAAGCGGCAGAAGAGGCUCCGUCUCAUAAGGCAGAGCCGGCCUCGAACGAUGGCAGCUUUGGUCACCCAGAGGUGUGCGGGCGUCCCUGCGUGCGGUUCAUGCAUGGCAACUGCGAGCAGGGCGCGGCGUGCCAAUUCUGUCACCUUGAACACACGAGGCCCAAGGGGAAGCUUGACAAGCGGCAGCGCCAGUGCUUCGACACCUUGAAUGAGCAUCAGGUGCUAUCUCUCCUCAUCCCCUACAUUUUUGCUCGAUGCGAGGAUCAGGGCAUCGCCGAGCCGAUGGCAGAGGUGCUGGAAUUGAUCCGUGGCCGGCUGCAAGAGCUGGAGGCUGCGCCUGUCGCGCGGCCCAUGAUGCCCGUGCCACGCAGCAAGAGCAACUUCCUCCGUGUCAUAUUGAAGAGGCUGAGCACAGCACGGCUGGUGGAGCUGCUGGUGCAGACCCAGGCAGAUGGCUUCUCAAUGUGCCUGCAGCAAGCACUGGGCCGUGCCCGUGCCGCCAUGAGUCCGUAG